AUGCUUCUUGACAACCCGACCCUGAUCCAGUCGGGCCCCGCGGCCGCAGCACCCCUCUUCCUGCUUCACGAUGGUGGCGGCACCAUCUUCAACUACUUCAUGCUCGGCGACCUCGACCGGCCGGUGUACGGGAUCCAGGACCCCAAAUUCGGGAGCGCGGAGCAGUGGGAGGGCGGCAUGGAGGAGAUGGCCCGGCUGUACAUCUCGUUUAUCCGCGCGGCCGUACCUCAGGGGCCCAUUCUGCUUGGCGGCUGGUCGCUUGGAGGGCUCACAGCCCUGGAGAUUGCGCGCAUCCUGGCCGGCGAGGCAACAGGCCUCCAGCUGCGUGGGCUGAUCUUGAUUGACAGCCCCCAGCCGGAGGAGUGGGCGAAUCACCGCGACCGCUUCUGCGAUGCCGAUGUCUGGGUGACGGAGACGACGUCGGCCAAGACGAAGCAGGCGGUUGACUGGCGCAUGGACGAGUGCGACAGGCUGCUGGACGGGUGGAGGGCCCCGCGCUGGCAGCAGCCACGGCCACGUGGCGGCCGGGCCGAGCCGCCCGGAAGCCUGACCCAGCGCGCGCACGGGCUCCUGCGGCACAACAUUCUUGGGCGGGCCCCGCCGCCGCCAGAGCUGCUCGUGGCUGGCUCUCCUCCCCCGGUCGUUCUCCUGCGCGCAACCGAUCGUGUGCCCGUCCCCGCUGGAUCGAAGCCCGGCAGCCUCGUGGACGUCGACCUGCACCGGGACUCGACACAGCUGGGAUGGGACCGCCUCGAGUAUCCCCUGCUGCACGCGGUCUACGAUAUCCCUGGCCACCAUUUUGACCUCUUCGAGGGGUAUGAUCGGAAGGUUACGGAGCUGCUGGGCCGGAUUUAUCGUGAGAUGGACGUGUAG